GUAGGAAUUUCCAUGGGUAGCUUUGAUCCGCACAUGCUGUUUUUUGCAAUUCCUGAAUUGAUUCCAUAUAUUACCGGUCUACCAGAACUUAUGGAUGGUAUAGCCAGUUGUGCAGGAGCUGAAUACAUUAAUGGAAGUUACGAAUUUGACUGCAAAGACGCGGAGAGUAUCCCAGAUCUUGUAAUUACUUACGGACAGAUUCCUCUUCAUAUAGCACCGAAGCGUCUUAUCAAAAAGGUAACUGAUUUUUGUAUCUGGGCAUUUUUGCCAGAUUCAUAA